GAUGAUUUCCUUAAUCUUUUUUGCAACGACAAAGUGAAAUCCCCUGCCUUUUGCAAGCAUUACAAAACGCUCGAUUCUCUAGUACCUCGUAUCCUUCGUUUUGAACCUGUUCCAACAAUGCGACAACACAUAGUUUUCGGUUGGCUGGCCUUGACGGGGGCAGAAAUUGGAGCCUUCGCACCGGCCUUUUCGGUGAGCAGGCAAACGUCGCGACGACAACAGGUUUUCCAACCGCGGUUGCAUGCGGCGUCGGCGGACUCUACCGCGACGACCGGAUCAUUCAUUGACACGGAGUUGCGAGGCGCUGCCAUGAAGCUUCAUACUCGGCAGCAAGCACCAAAAGAAGGAGAAGCGGAAGCGAAACCACGUGAACCCUAUACCCCGACUCGUGACGACUACUUGGCCUUUCUAGUGGACUCGAAACACGUAUACGAGGCUAUGGAGGAGAUUGUAAAUUCACGCGAAGAGCUGGCCCCGUUUCGAAAUACUGGAUUGGAACGAACGGGUCCUUUAGAAGCUGAUAUUCUGUUUAUGGUAGAAGAAUACGGCUUGAAACGACCUAUUGUGGGGGAGCCUAGUGAAAGCUACGCUAGGAAACUUCGAUCCAUUGAGACCACUCCGGAAUUCAUGUGCCACUUUUACAAUUUUUACUUCGCACACACAGCCGGCGGGAGAAUGAUUGGCAAACAGAUGAGUGCGCUACUGUUGGAGAAAAGAACACUAGAGUUUUACAAGUGGGACGGGGAUCUAAACGAGAUUAAAUCGCGUGUGAAGAAGAGCAUCGAAGAAAUGGCCGCAAACUGGUCGCAGGAGGAACGGCAAGAGUGCAUCGAUGCCACUCGCGAUGCCUUCCAAGGAGGAGGAGGAAUCAACUCUAACUUGGCUGGUGGUCAGCAUCCCCACAAUUAAAAAGUUGCGCAUUGAAUUUUCUUACAGUCAAUACAUUGGCACGAAACUCUUGUAUUUUUUCAUUGAGGCAUGUGCACUUUCAAUAUGUAGGUUUGCUAAUGUAAUUUUGCCUAUAUGCGAU